AUGCCCCGUUUGACGAGAGUAAAUAAUACUUGGACAAACUUGGUGAGAUGCAUCGAUCUUCGUGUCCAUCCAUAUUGCCAAAAGUUCCGCAGCAGCAGCAUCGACACCAACAGGCAGCCCACACGCCUCCCUUGCGAAUUACUGCUUGCAAUCGCAGAGCUGCUAAAUCUAGAUGACCUCAACGCCCUUGUCAAGACAUCAUGGCAUACCUACGACUGUCUCAACACCUUCCUCUACCGUUUGAGCGUCCGAAAAUUUAACAGCACAGGGAUGGUGAUUGCCGCUGGCAACGGGAGUUUGCGUGCGGUCCAGAGAUUUCUAGAGCAGGGUGCGGGCUUGAACGGAUGGAGCUAUAUCACUGGCGUAACAACCAUGCAAACGGCAGCAAGGAGAGGCCAUACUCAUAUUGUGCGAUUCUUACUUGCGGCAAAGGGAAUCAAGGUAGAUGGCUCCAAUGGCCUUAAUUCUGCGCUGGAAUUUGCUGCCCAUGGCGGACACGCUUCAGUGCUGCAGCUGGUCCUCGACGACCCCCGUAUUGACCCAACGCGCGAGAACUUUGGCACUAACCCCAUCAUCUGGGCGGCGAAGAGUGGCCACCAUACAGCCGUGAGAGUGCUCUUGGCCGAUUCACGGAUAAAUGCAAAUGCCAAUUCGGCCAAUAGAGGCACCGCUCUGUACUGGGCAGUUAUGCUCGGUCACCAUGUGGUUGCAAAGGUGCUGCUUGCACACAGCAGCGUCGAUCCUAAUGUGAAGGCUGGUAGGCGCGCGCGAACACCGCUAAUUGAAGCUGUGGGGCUUGCGGCCAGGCAGUCUGGCAUAGAAUCAGUGAAGAUACUGUUAAGCUCGGACAGGGUCGAUUUAGAUAUCCAAGAUAAUAGGGGGCUAUCUGCGUUGUUGAGGGCGACACAUAUUGAUACACGCUAUGAUGUCAUUAAAUUGCUCCUUGAAGCUGGUGCCAACCCCCAUGUUAGGAACCGUCGAGGGAGGACAGCUAUAUCGCUGGCUUCCCGGAAUAACAAUGCCCACGCGGUGGAAAUGCUGUUUGCGCAUGGUAACAUUAACCCGAACUCCCGCGAUUGUAGUGGCCUUACACCGUUGAUGUUGGCUACUCGUCAAGGGCAUUCUGAUGUUGUGUCCGUACUGUUGUCCAAGAAAGGAGUUGAUAUAAAUGCCCAGGACUGCCGCGGUAAUACGGCAAUGCAUUUUGCAACAUUAGGCUCUUGUUCGCGCACUUUAAAUCUAUUGAUCAGGAAGAAGCACAUCAAUCUCAACAUCAGGAAUUCAGACGGGAUUUCACCCUUAACAUUGGCAAUAACUCGCAAGUCAGCCUCUCUAGCAGCCUACUAUAUCCGCAGAGGGGCCGAUGUCAACCUCAAAAACAACGAAGAGAGAUCGCCGCUCAUUCUGAGCAUCCUAUGCUACGCUGAAUUGCCAUUAAUCGAAAGCCUCUUGUCCAGCGAGACCAUUGACGUCGAUUCUCAAGACAAUAUGAGCAACACAGCGCUAAUAUGGGCCGCAAGAUACGGUAGAGACCGCAUAGUUGAGUUGCUCCUCGAAAGACAUGACAUUGAUAUCAACAUCAAGAACGAGUUCGGUGUCGUUGCGCUCUCGGAGGCGGCGGCGUUUGGCCAUAUAGACAUCAUGAAAUUACUGCUAGCCAGAGAUGGGAUAGAGUUGAACCCAAGGAAUAACGAGGGGUGCACACCAUUAGCGCGUGCUGUAUCCAUGGGUAGACCAGCAGCCGUGGAAUUGCUACUUGCAACAGACGGAGUCGAACUUAACCCGAGGGAUAAUGAGGGACAAACGCUUUUGCGGCUUGCUGACCAGGAUGCUAAAAUACUCGAAUUGCUAAGACAGAAGCCGGGUGUUGAAACUGAUAUCAAUCCAGCAGAAGCCGAGGAAACCGAGGACACCGAGACGAUAUAA